AUGGGAAGUAUGCAAGAUUUAAAAGAAAUCUUGUCUCGAUUCGAUCCCAAUAUCGACACGGGUCUGAUCUUUGAAAUCAAGAAACGGUCUCAUACGCUAUGUGCACGAUUUCUUGGUGGUGCAUGGCGCAAAGUUGGUGUAGAGGACUUUUUACUUCAACGAAUGAGAGGUGGUAUGAGUAACAUGUUGUUUCUGUGUUCGCUUCCGGAUGGUUAUUCUCCGUUACAUGGCGAACCAAAAAAAGUUCUGAUGAGGAUAUAUUUCAAUCCAGUCAGCGAUGCAAAUCUUGUUGCUGAAUCUGUAAUUUUUACACUGUUAUCUGAGAGACGUCUUGGACCGAAACUGUAUGGUAUUUUUAAUGGUGGAAGAUUGGAAGAGUAUAUCCCACCUUACCAGAAGUGUGAAAAAGUGAAAUACAUUUGCGAUCCAAAGUCAAGGCCACUGUCAUGCGACGAAAUAUCACUCCCAUUAUUUUACAAAAAAAUUGCCAAACGAAUCGCACAAAUACAUCAACUUGAGGUACCAAUAUGGAAAGAACCUGUGUAUCUUUGUGAUGCCAUCAAAAGGUUACUUUCAAACUUUGAUUUUCACUUCAUAUGGUGGCUUAACCAACUUAUAGAAAUCUCGGACGAGGCACGUUCAUAUGAUCUUCCAGCCAAAUAUGCUGAUUGUGCACCAUGUUCUAUAAAUUUUAAACGUCUUCUUGAUGAACUUCAUUUUUUGAGACGAUGUUUAAGGAAGUCAAAAAGUGCUGUCGUGUUCUGUCAUAACGAUAUGCAAGAAGGGAAUAUUCUGUUACCAAGGGCCGGUUCUGGAAAUGUACGGUUGAUGUCUGUAACCGAAGAAACAUUAGGCGAUCAUCAGAUGCUUUCACCCAGCAAUGUAAUGACCCCUCAUCUGGUGCUGAUAGAUUUUGAAUAUGCCAGUUAUAAUUAUCGUGGAUUUGAUUUUGCUAACCAUUUUGUGGAAUGUACAAUCGAUUAUGAUGUCAAUCAGUCACCAUAUUUUCAAAUUUACGAGAGCCGUUUUCCGUCUGAAACACAUCAAUUAGAAUUUUUCAAAUCUUACAUCAGUGAAUUUGAUGACUUGUCGUUAGUGGAAGAAUUGGAUACUCAAGCUGAACAAAUGAUAAAGGAAACAGCUCCGUUUAUACCAGUUUCGCAUCUUUUUUGGGGUAUAUGGAGUUUGUUGCAAAUUGAGGUAUCACCAGUAAAGUUUGGUUUUGUGGAAUAUGGGGUCGAAAGGCUUGGACUUUACUAUAAGUAUAAAUCAUUGUUGGAAAAUCUGUUGAAUAGUAAUUAA